GCUGGUGCAAUGUGCGACCGUGCUGGUUAUGGGAGCACGAUGGGUCACUUUCCUAUGGGACACAUGUCUGCUAUGGGAGCCAUUGGUACAAUGGGGGCGAUAUCUGCAAUGAAUGGUCAGACACACCAGAAAAAAUCUCAGGAAGAGCACAUUAAGAGGCCUAUGAACGCUUUCAUGGUUUGGUCGAGACUGCAAAGGCGGAAAAUAGCACAGGAUAACCCUAAAAUGCACAAUUCAGAGAUCUCAAAACGAUUGGGUGCAGAAUGGAAGCUUUUAACAGAAGAUGAAAAACGACCCUUCAUCGAUGAAGCAAAGAGGCUGAGGGCUAUGCACAUGAAGGAACAUCCUGACUACAAAUACCGGCCGAGGAGGAAACCCAAGACUUUAAGAAAGGAGGGCUAUCCCUACUCGAUUCCCUACCCCAGCGUGCCUAUGGACGCCUUAAGAGCUGGUAUGGCCGGCGGUGGCAUGACGCAAGCGAUGGGCGGCUAUUACGGCGCGGCUUACGGCCCGCUCGGGGCCAGCAUGGCGGCCGCAGCGGCGGCUGCCGCGCAGCAGAACGCCAUAUCCGCUGCACUUACACCGAAUGCUCAGGUGGGACCAACGAUGGACAUGUCAAAGUAUUCAAUUGAAGACAAAUACAGGAGCUACGGCAUGUAUCCUGACCCAUCGCGAGGGUAUCUGGACUCCGCAGCGCUUUCCAAGGCUUACAUGUAUAUGGACCAGCAACAGCAACGCUCCUAUCCGAUGGACAUCAGCAAGAUGUACUCUGACGCAUCAGUCGCUAUGGCGGGUCUGACUUCAACGGUAAAUUCCGCGUCCAGCCUAUCCCCACGAUCCCCAGCCGAAUCUCCGGACACACAAAAGACUCAGGAACGCGCCGAAGGCAGUUCUUCUUCCGGCUCUAACCCGUCCCCAUCUCUACCUUAUUACCAGUCCUCGACCAGUCUCCUAAUGCCCCAAUAUCCGGGCCAAUAUCCCCAAAACACGCAAGGGGGUCCAGAAUUUCGGAGACCGUUGACUGUUAUAUUCUGA